UUCGCUCAGUGUCUCGCACGCGCUGGUGGUGAUCGCACAAUUCCCGACAGACCGAUCCGUGUUCCUCCCCCCACCACCUCCAGCCCCGCUCGCUCGACCUUCCCCGAAUUAGACACACUCGCGCGCUCAUCCCGCUAGGACGCCCGGCAGACGCGGACCAACCAGUGAAAGUGGUCUCCAGAGGGAAACACAGCACGCUCUCGCCCAGCUCGCCCCUUCCAGAUAAGUGUCGUCGAUUCCGAAGGAAAGAUGACCUCCGUCAGCGCUGUCUUCGUGUUGGGUCUCGCCUCCCUGGUCGCGGGGACGGAGUUCGCAUCGCAGUUGAGGAAAUGCCGCGUCGACAAUCAGAAUGCUCUCAACACUUGCCUCAAACAGAUCAUGGAGGAUCUGAGGCCGCGCACCAAGACAGGUAUCCCCGAGCUCGGCCUGCCUAUCCUGGAGCCUAUGCACAUCAACAACAUCGUUUUUCGCCAAGGAGACGGAGCUGUUAAUGUGCAAGCGAAGUUCAUGCAGGUGAAAGUGCAAGGUCUCUCCAACUAUACCACGUCCCAUGUCAACGCCGACCCGCAGGCACUGACGCUCUCCGUGGGUCUCAAAGUCCCCGAACUCCGCGUGGCCGGACUCUAUGAACUCAAGGGACAGGUCAUCGUCUUCCCCGUGAGCGGAUCUGGAAGCUUCUGGACCAACCUCAACAACAUCGAUGCCUCCGGAGUGGGGAAGCUGAGCGUGCAGCAAGGGCCCGACGGCCAGGAGCGCCUCAGAGUGUCCGACACCCGCAUCAACUUCGACAUCCGGGACAUCUCGCUCCACCUGAGCAACCUCUUCAAUGGGGAUCCUAUCCUGGGUGAGACGGUGAACCACUUCCUAAACCAGAACAGCCAGGAGGUCCUUCGCGACGUCAAGCCCGAAGUCUCUCGCCAGCUCAACGUCCUCAUCCAGAGAGUGAUGAACGACGCUCUCUCACAGCUCCCCGUCAGCUCCUUCCUCAUCACUAAUUGAGAGAACGAAGAGGGAGGGGAAGGAGAGAGGGACAGGAUGAAUAGGAAGCUCUUCUAGUGAAAGAACGAAGAGGGAGGGAAGAGGGAGGGGAAAAGAGAAAGACAGAAAGGGAAAGAAGAGAAGGAGAGAAAGUCUUGGGAAUUGGGGAUAAGGAGAAGAGAUAAGAAAAGGGACAGAACCAAGAGGAGGAAUAGGAGUAGGGGGACGGUAGCAGGAUGGGAAAGGAAAGGAAGGACGGGCAGGGAGAAAAAGGCAGCCUAUGUCUUACUCGCUCUCCAUGUCCAAUGGAAGAAUCCUGAUGCAUCUUUUUCAAACGACUGUCAUAAAAGGUAGACUCGUCUAGACUUCCAUGGGUGUUUCUGCCAUGCUUUAAGUAUGAAGACAGCGGAUGUAUUUUUAAACAUCAUGAUUAUAAGUGUGUGUGUGUGUGUGUGUGUGUGUGUAUAUAUAGUUACACACAUAGACGCAAAUAUAGACUCCAUACAGUAUUCAGAACUAUGUUAUUCAUGUAUCAACUUUUCUUACGACAAACAAGUAGUUAAAACGUAGAUGAGUAGUUAAGGUUCAUUGUUUUGUUACAAAAUCUACCUACGCAAAAAAAAAAAAAAAAAAAAAAAAAAAAAAAAAAAAAAAAAAAAAAAGACUGUCAUAGCUGAAUGUUCUUCCAGUUCAAUAAAGAAGUUAAAACCUUAUUUGUGUUAAAACAUUUAAAAUGUUACACCGGCUGAAUUGAGUUUUAAUGCAACAAUGCCUUGCAACAAGAUCUCAAGAGGUUAUAAGAAAUGUAACAUAGCUAGGAAUCCUGUGACUGUUUGAUGGCUGUAAAAAAUGAAUCAAUGAAAUGCACGAUUGCUUU